AGGUUCAACAAACACCUGGACCGCGGCUUUAACUCGUGCGCGCGCAGCGACUUGUACUUCGUGCCCUUGGAGGGCUCCAAGCUGGCCAAGAAGCGGGCCGACCUGGUGGAGAAGGUGCGGCGCGAGGCCGAACAGCGCGCGCGCGAAGAGAAGGAGCGCGAGCGCGAGCGAGAACGCGAGAAGGAACGCGAGCGCGAGAAGGAACGCGAGCUGGAGCGGAGCGUGAAGUUGGCUCAGGAGGGCCGUGCUCCAGUGGAGUGUCCGUCUCUCGGCCCAGUGCCCCAUCGCCCUCCAUUUGAGCCGGGCAGUGCUGUGGCUACAGUGCCCCCCUACCUGGGUCCUGACACUCCAGCCCUGCGCACACUCAGUGAAUAUGCCCGGCCUCACGUCAUGUCUCCUGGCAAUCGCAACCAUCCGUUCUACGUGCCCCUGGGGGCAGUGGACCCGGGACUCCUGGGUUACAAUGUCCCAGCCCUGUACAGCAGUGACCCAGCAGCCCGGGAGAGGGAGCGGGAAGCCCGAGAAAGAGACCUCCGUGACCGCCUCAAGCCUGGCUUUGAGGUGAAGCCCAGUGAGCUGGAACCCCUACACGGGGUUCCUGGGCCUGGUCUGGAUCCCUUCCCUCGACAUGGAGGCCUAGCUCUGCAGCCUGGCCCCCCUGGCCUGCACCCUUUCCCAUUUCAUCCGAGUCUGGGGCCCCUGGAGAGAGAACGUCUGGCGCUGGCUGCGGGGCCAGCCCUUCGGCCUGACAUGUCCUACGCGGAGCGUCUGGCAGCUGAGAGGCAGCAUGCAGAAAGGGUGGCAGCCCUGGGCAAUGACCCACUGGCCCGGCUGCAGAUGCUCAAUGUGACCCCCCAUCACCACCAGCACUCCCACAUCCACUCUCACCUGCACCUUCACCAGCAGGAUGCCAUCCAUGCAGCCUCUGCCUCAGUGCACCCUCUCAUUGACCCCCUGGCCUCAGGGUCUCACCUUACCCGGAUACCCUACCCAGCUGGGACCCUCCCCAACCCCCUUCUUCCUCACCCUCUGCACGAGAAUGAAGUUCUUCGUCACCAGCUCUUUGCUGCUCCUUACCGGGACCUGCCAGCUUCCCUCUCUGCCCCGAUGUCAGCAGCUCACCAGCUGCAGGCCAUGCACGCACAGUCCGCUGAGCUGCAGCGCCUGGCGCUGGAGCAGCAGCAGUGGCUGCAUGCCCAUCACCCGCUGCACAGUGUGCCGCUGCCUGCCCAGGAGGACUACUACAGUCACCUGAAAAAGGAAAGUGACAAGCCACUGUAAACCUGCAAUCAAGAGAACACCCAAGUGUGCAUCUGGAUCUUGGAAGUCUCCCUCCUGGCCUGCCACCCAGAGCAAGGAGGGGUGCUGCUCAGUUGCAGGGCCUCAGCAGCUGGGCAGAGGGAGGGAGGAAGGGACAGAUGGGAAACCGAGGCUCCUGUGGUGUGCAGAGGUGGGGAGGUAGGGGGGUGGGGGCAGAAAGCGCGCAGUAUCUUGGACCAGGUCCCUCUUUUUGUCCCCCUGCUUUCUUCUGUCCCAUGCCCAGCCCCUGUGGCCACCGCCCCUCCCCGCCCCGUUGGUGUGAUUAUUUCAUCUGUUAGAUGUGGCUGUUUUUGCGUAGCAUUGUGUGCCACCCCCUGCCUCAACCCAAUCCCUGUGUGCGCGCCCCCCUCUGCAAUGUAUGCCCCUUGCCCCUGCCCCACAUUAAUAAUUUAUAUAUAUAAAUAUCUAUAUGAUGCUCUUUAAAAACAUCCCAACCAAAACCAACCAAACAAAACAUCCUCACAACUCCCCAGGAA